CUCUGUACAGCCGAGCGAUAUGAGAGCCAAUACACAAAUGUCAUUCUCUGGAAGAUAGAGUAUGGAUGUAGACAACUGAAAUCUAUAAGUGGAUAAGCAUUCAUGUAAGAAAGCCCUGCACUUUGGAGAUGGCUUCCACUUCGCUGAUUCUACCCAUCAAAGGAGGAAACCUUCCGCCUUCUCAAUACCUCUCUUUCCGCCAUACUCAUCCUUCUGCAACUUUCUCCAGGUCGGGUUGGAGUAGGGACCAAGAUGUAGGCAGAAGUACUCACAGAACGAGGGGUCAGGCAUUUCAAAUCUCUAAUGUCUCUCCUGGUAAAGAUGACUUAAUCAAGCAGGUGAUUAUGGUUGACCCUUUGGAAGCCAAACGUAUCGCCGCGAAAGAAAUGGAAAAGAUCAAAGCAAAAGAGAAGUUCAAGAGAAAACGUCAAAUAGAAGCGAUUAAUGGAGCAUGGGCAAUGAUCGGUCUGACGGCUGGGCUUGUUAUCGAAGGACAAACCGGAAAAGGCAUUCUGGCACAGUUGGGUGGCUACUUCAGCACCGUUAUCAACUUCUUCAUAGGGUAGGGACAUCUUCAAGAGGGAAAAGAGAAGUUUGAAUGAAAGUCUUUAAAACAUGUUCAAGCAAGUUUUAUUGCUUGUUUGUUGUAAAAAAUAAGAAAAAGAAGAAAAAAAAGAAGAAUAUUAAGAGCCUUAAAAAACUGGUGUUGAAGAUAUUUUGUUGGGCUGAUUCUUCUCAUUUGAAUUCUUCACAUUUCAUAUUAAAAAUUUGUGAUUUAAUUGUGAAGGCAGUGGCAUGAAGCACAGCUUAUUUA